GGUCGGGGGAGGUCCCUAAGCGGAUUCACCAACUUGGGCUUCCAGCCCAUCCACCCUUGUAAGCAUCUCUGGGUGUGCUGAGCUGCGGAAGUGUGCAGGAGGGUCCAAUGGCGGUGCGUGCCCCAGCCGGCUCCCUCAAGCAGAGGGACCCCAAGAAGAUUCCAAAUGGAAAUAACACAGCCCAAGGAGAAUGGGGCCGAGCCUGGGAGGUGGACUGGUUCUCCUUGGCAAGCGUUGUCUUCUUGCUGAUGUUUGCCCCGCUCAUCGUGUAUUACUUCAUUAUGUCCUGCGACCAGUACCGCUGUUCCCUCACGGCGCCCGUGGUGGAGAUGGUGACUGGGAAGUCCAGCCUCUGGGACAUCUGGGCCCAGACGCCGGGCGUGACGCCCAAAGCCGCUCAGAUCUACCUCGCCUGGGUGGCUUUUCAGGUGGUGUUGUACAUGAUGAUUCCCGAUUUUUGCCACAAAUUCCUGCCUGGCUACGUGGGAGGCAUUCAAGAGGGGGCUGUAACCCCUGCAGGGACUGUCAACAAGUACGAGAUCAAUGGUCUUCAGGCCUGGAUCAUCACCCACAUUCUGUGGUUCGCCAAUGCCCAUCUCCUCCAAUGGUUCUCCCCCACCAUCAUCUUUGACAACUGGAUUCCACUGCUUUGGUGUGCCAAUAUUCUCGGCUACACCGUGUCCACAUUCGCCCUCAUCAAAGGCUACUUGUUCCCCACCAAUGCCAAAGACUGCAAGUUCACAGGCAACUUCUUCUACAACUACAUGAUGGGUGUGGAGUUCAACCCCAGGAUAGGGAAGUGGUUUGACUUUAAACUCUUCUUCAAUGGCCGACCGGGCAUUGUCGCCUGGACGCUCAUCAACCUGUCGUUUGCGGCCAAGCAGCAGCAGCUCUUCGGCUCUGUGACCAACGCCAUGGUCCUGGUCAAUACCCUGCAGGCUCUUUACGUGGUAGACUUUUUCUGGAACGAAACCUGGUACCUGAAGACCAUCGACAUCUGCCAUGACCACUUUGGCUGGUACCUGGGCUGGGGUGACUGCGUCUGGCUUCCCUACCUCUACACCCUCCAGGGCUUGUACCUGGUCUAUCAUCCCGUGCAGCUCUCCACACCGCACGCGCUGGGCGUCCUGCUGCUGGGCUUGGGCGGCUACUACAUCUUCCGGGAGGCCAACCACCAGAAGGACCUCUUCCGCAAAACCAACGGCAACUGCCAGAUCUGGGGCCAGAAGCCCAAGUUCAUCGAGUGCUCCUACACGUCGGCCGAUGGGCGGAAGCACCACAGCAAGCUGCUGGUGUCGGGCUUCUGGGGCCUGGCCCGCCACUUCAACUACACGGGGGACCUCCUGGGCAGCCUGGCCUACUGCCUGGCCUGCGGCUUCUCCCACCUGCUCCCCUACUUCUACAUCAUCUACAUGUCUGUCCUGCUCACCCACCGCUGCCUGCGUGACGAGGACCGCUGUGCUCACAAGUACGGCCGUGAUUGGGAGCGCUACACCGCGGCUGUGCCCAAGCGCCUGCUGCCUGGCCUCUUCUAGCGGGACCCCCUCCCCAGGCCACGAGAGUAUCCGCAGCCCUGUGGCCCAUGGACAGGAGGCCAGGCGGGGGUCUUGGAGCCCACGAGGUUCCUUUGAGUCCGAAGUCGAGCUGGGAUUCUCGAUAGUAUUUAAGAAACGUACUUUGUGACCCUAGUGGACACAGAAUCUGGGGCGCUGAAAGGGCAAACGGUACCUCGGGUGUCGCUGGGAGGACUCCCUGGGGGAUCAGUGCCCUGCGAGCCUCCCCAGGGGGACCCUCGCACUGCAGCCAAGCUCUCUCCUGGCUAGCCCUCUGCCCUGUCUCAGUCUUGGGCACCGUGACUGAAUCUUCUGGCACAAUAUUCCGGGGCCCCAAUCUAACUUCUUUUCUUCAGCCAAUCAGAAGAGUCUUUUUUGUUUCUAUCGUUCUUGACUGAAACCCAAGGCUUUAAUCCAGUUAUUCAGUCAGUCAGUCAGCUAGCAUUUCUCACACCCCUACUGUGUGCUGGCGCUGUGCUAAGUGCUGGGGAUACAGAGAAAGGCAAAUGACGGUCCCUGCCCUCGAUGAGCUUCCGGUCUAGCGGGGAAGCCAAUGGGCAAACAGCUCUGGCCAAGCAAGCUGGACGGUAUCAAUCGGAGGCCACCCGCGGAGGGGAGCGUCGGCAUUAAGGAAGAACAGGGGAGCUUUCCUGUACAGGGCGGUGCUUCAGCUGAGAUGGGAGGCAGCAGGGGGAGGACCCAGGAGGUGGGGUGACGAGGGAGAGAGUUCGAGGUGCUGAGGAGAGCCCAGAUUUGGGAGAUGGAGGCUCUUGGAUGGAGAGCCUUCAGAACUCUGCAGGAGUCUGCUCUUUGCUCCUGGGCGUGAGAAGGAGUCCCUGGAGUUGACUGGAUUGGGGAGGAGGCUCGGGAUCAUGCUCAGUCAUGUGAAAGCUGAGUGAUAGACAGACUGAGGGGAGAGGGGCAGGUACGGACGCCAUCCUGGAGGAACGUCCCGAGGGAGAAGUGCGAGGCCCUGGCCGCAGGCAGGCCUGGCGGAGCGAGGGAGGUGGACGGCUUAGGUUUUGAGCCAGGCAGACUGGGAGGAUGCCAUGUGGUGCCCACCACAGUGAGGGGAACGUGGGUCUAGGGGAAAGUUAAGGAGAUGGGAGAUGAGGAUGUGUAUGAGACACACAGUCCGAGAUGGGCAGCAGAGGUCAGGGCUGGACAAAUCAGUCUGAGAGCCGCCUGCAUCAGUGACUCUAGUGGGCUGGUCUUUUUUGAGGGUCAGAUGAAAUCCGUUGGAGGCAGAAGGCCACAGCCUUGAGGUUGGGAUGACAUGGGGCGGGUCAGGGGGCGGGUCAGGUGCCGUCUCUGGCACGGACCGGCUGGGAACCUGGGGCCAGGGGAUCAUUUCUCAGUGCCUUGGGCAGUGCUCUGAAACCAGAUCACUCAGGAGCUGCCAUCUGCAUCUGGGGAGUGAGUUUCCACACCCGCUGAGCUCUCUGCUCAGAUAAAACCACAGGUCGACUCCCCCCAGGUCCUCGGCUCCCGGGCACCUGUAACACAAAGCUCUCCAGAAUGGGGUGUGCUGGCGACGUUCUGCCCACGUCCAGAGUCUGCUCUCCUUGGAGACCAGAGGAGCCCCCACUCCUGUGCGCUGAGCAGUCCCCUGAGAGCUCCUCUUCCACCCUUCCCAGCCCACCGUGGGGCCCAGCCAGGGCAGAAUUAAUCAGGGCCCAGGAUUCAAAGGGACAUGAGAGACCCCCAGGAUGGUCCUCCCCUUCAGUGCUUCCCAGUUGCCUGUGUCACAGCACCAAGUGCAGUGCCUUUGUACACAGCGGGCAUUUAAUAAGUGUUUGAUGAACAACAGUACUGAUUCUUAGGGCAGUGUAUUUGACCAGAGCCUCCAUCUCCCUCGUUGGCUGCUUAGAGCCAUUAUUCCUGGUUCUGCCCAAAGAAAACGAGUGUAAUCCCCCAUUCUUGUCUGCCUCAUCUCCAGCUGUAACAAGCACGGAGCAAACGGAACUUUGUUCCAGGGUGCUAGCCUCCUGGGGGCGGGGCCCCCUGUGCCUUAGCCUCAAGGGGACCAAGUGGCCAGAGUCUUCCUGUCCAUCUGCUGGGGCAGAGGCGGGGCAGACUCCUUAAGCCUGUGGCAAGGUCUCCUUCCUCUGCCCUGGGGGUCCCCUCUAGAUGCUCUGGGGAGACGCCCAUCCCUGGAGGCCACCACUGAAACCUGAAUUUCCCUCCACUUUUCUGGCCAAGAUGCCUCCCCAAACCUGCACUUUCCUCUUGCUAUUUUUAAACCCACAGUGAGACUACUUUGAUUCUUACUGAAUUUUCUCCUGCCUUUGUGAAGAUGCGUUAAAUCUUUUCUAGACUGGAAGCUCCCCACGGGCAGGAAUAGGGCUUUUCUAAUCUUUGUAUCUCAGCACUGAGCACUGUGCUCUGCAUACAGCAGGUGCUUAAUAAAGAUUUGUUAAAUAAUUA